AUGGCAUUAGGACCGACACUUGGCCCUGUCAUCGGUGGGUUGUUGGACCAUUUCCUGGGAUGGCGAUCGAUAAUUUGGUUCCUGGCCAUUUUUUCAGGUGUUUGCUUUGUGGUGAUCCUUAUUGUAUUCCCUGAGACAUGUCGAGCCGUCGCGGGGAAUGGAUCAGUGCCGCCAGUCUUGUGGAAUCGCCCACUGUGGACAUUACUUGUAUCACGAUCACGAUUCAACGAUGAACAAGGGACCGCCGAUCACUCCACCAUCCAGGUACCCAAGAAGCGUCCAAGUCCAAUUUCAGCUUUAUUGAUAGCCACGCAAAAAGAGAUGGACUUGGUUCUAUUGAAUGGAUCCUUUUUGCACGCAUGGUACAUGGCCGUUAUAAGCACUCUGUCGACUCUGUCGACCGAGUGA